CACUUUCACCAAUGUCUUCUAGGUCUUUCUUCGCUUUCUUGUCCUUCUUCUUACUAAUUUCUAGAUCUAUUUUGGCAUCCAGAUGUUGUAUUUGGCUCGUGAGUUCAUCAUUUUCCUUCUCAACUUCAGGGAGUCUUUCGCUCUGGCCAUUAACAUUAUUCUCGUUCUUCUUGUAGAGCUCUGCUCUGGAUUUUCUCCUUCCACAUUCUGAUCUCGUUGAUCAUGUUCUUGAUCUUGUAACUUGGGUCAUCAGAUUUGGCUAAAUUUUCAAGGAGUAAUUCUUUGUCUUUGAUUUCUUUCUUGAGCUCAUUGGUGGCCGCUUUGUGGUCUCUGACUUCUUGUUCCAUCUCAAUCAUUUUCCCAACCUGGCUAAUUUUGCCAAUCUUGUGCUGUAAUUUCUGGAUUUCAAUCUGAUAUGCUUCAGUCUGCUUUUGUGCAUUCUCGAUUUCUUUGUCUUUGAUUCUGAUGAUGUGUGUGGCAUUUUUAGGAGCUUUCUUUCUAGUGACAAGAAUUCUCUUUGUCU